AUGAAGAAGAGGAGAAAACUCUUACCUGUAUCCGACUGCUGUUCAUGCCAAGAAAAGUGGAUUGGCUAUCAGUGCAACUGUUACUUCAUUUCUGAUGAAAGAAAAACUUGGGAAGAAAGUAGUCAGCUUUGUGCUUCUCACAAUUCCAGUCUUCUUCAGCUCCAAAACAGUGAUGAAUUGGUUUUCAUGAACACCAAUCCUAAAUUUUACUGGAUGGGUCUCUCUUCUGCCAAAGAAUGCGCUGCCUGGUUGUGGGAAGAUGGCUCAGCUCUCUCCCAGAAUCUACUCCCAUUGCUUCCAACUCCAAGUCCAGGGUACUGCAUAGCAUAUAGUCCCAGAAAAGUGACUACUUCCGAACUCUGUGGAAUCAAGAACCAUUACAUGUGCAAGCAGCGGCCCAUUUAAAUGUUUCUUUGAACAGAGAGGUGGACAACACAGGUCCAGGGUCACUAAAAGUGGCACCUUUUUUCUUAUAUUAUUACUGUUGUCUAUUUCUAGGGUCUGUAAAAUGUCUCAAACUGUCUUGUCCUACAACUUUCAUGUAUUUGAAACCAUGCAUUUUUAAAAUAGUAGAAUUUGUAUGCUUGCCCCUAAAAUGUAAAGUGUAAAGAUAAAUAAUUCUUUGAAUUUAAAAAAUUUGAUACAUAUGUUUAAUA